GACCCCUCGGGGGAGAAGAGAAAGUUAACAGCAUGGAAGUGAACAGGACCUCGCUUGUCCGACGCUUUAUCCUGCUAUCCGUCGCAAUCAUGAAGUCAUCUUGAUGGCAGAUUAGUCUUUCCUCUCUUAUCCUCGUCAGAAAUACCCUCGACACGUUUGUUCUUGCUCAGCACGUUCUGCGCCUUUGCGUGAACGCCCACCAUCUCUUCAUCAUAACCCAACGACAGCUUUUUUGUUCCCAACAACCCUACAGCUGUCAUCCUAGGACACAGCACAUUGCAGAUCAUAGAUUUUCUCCGCAUCCCACGUUCGAGCGUUCUUCCUCCCCGCACGUUCACUUGGUCCCACAUUUACCUCUAACAAGGUGCUGGUACUCGGUGAAAUAGCGGGCCGUCACGCUCACCUAGACAACUUCUUGGUAACAUUCCUUGUCUUCUACCAUCAGGAAGGAAGCUUAUCCGUACGACUUCUCUGUGACAUCCUCACUCCGGACUUCUGCAGUGAAUUAGACCUCCUGCUUGCAAACGCCUGUCCAUCGCGUAACGUGGUCUGCACCUAGUCCCAGUCAACACUAGGCCAGGCCCGCCCAAUACACUCCUGCUUCGAACAGUUACUUACGCGAACUUGGGGUCCUUCCCAUUGUUUUCCCGUGAGUCUGAAUCUUCUGCAUCAUUUCGCUUUCCCCGCCCCUUCCUACUUAUACCCCCUUGCCCUAUUCGCCGUUCUGAACCUUCCCCUCUAACAUGGAUAUGUUUUAUAAAUCCAGAUUAAACAUGGAGUCCGUCGCUGCACCCCCGCCGCCGCCGCCUCCACCUCACCAGGAAAAGGUUAUCGCCAGACCGUACAAAUGUCCUUAUCCUCUGUGUGGCCGUGCGUUCAGUCGGUUAGAACACCAGACUCGUCACAUUCGCACCCACACCGGAGAGAAACCUUUCUUGUGCUCACAUCCGGGCUGUGAGAAGCGAUUCUCCCGUUCGGACGAGCUCACAAGGCACGCUCGCAUUCACAACAACAGUCAUGACCAUCAUGGGUCAGCAUCAAAGUCCAAGACUAAGGGAAAGACCGACCAUCAUCACGACGAUGAUAUGGAAGGCCACUCACAUGGCGAUCAUUCCAGACGACGCAGUGAGGAUACCUUAGAUGGUCUCCGAGGAGUAAGAGCAAAGAAGAAGGCCAGAAGUCGGGCAAACAGUGACGACGAGGACGAGUCGUAUGCUAGGACGACGGUAUAUUCUUCCGAAUCAUCUCCCCUGGGCCACGGUCAUAGAGCACCCCACAUCGUAGACCCUCGCGUUUCCCAUGUCCCCAACCCGUCCGCAUUCUCCGCACUCUCCAGCGCGGCAGUCGAAGAACUCCUUGCACUAGAACGAGAGGAAGCAGUCCGCAGAGCCGAGUAUGAGAUUCGACAUGAAGAAGCAAUGCGACGAGCCGAGUAUGAAGCCCGGUGUGCUGAGAUCUUGUCGUCGCAUGGAAGACUUAGUAAGAGCGCUGUUACAUCGCCUCAAUUAUUCAACGGACACACGGUGGAGGAUUCCAGUUACUUUGGACUCUCGAGGGAACGCGAAUUCGAGCGUCAUUCUAGUAGUCGGGUGUAUGAGGACAUUCCUGGGCUCCAUCACGGGAGACAUUUCAGCACGUCUUCGAUACGGAGGGAUAACCUUCCCAUUCAUCCUCAUUCUUCUGGACAUGUCGUCGAUAUUCCUGGAAAUCCUGGAAGACAUCAUGCUCAUGCCCACGGUGCCUGGUCUCAUCCAUACCACCAUCCCCCACCUUCUCAUAGACACCACACUUACGAAGAACCAUCGCCUCCUUCUCCUGUCAGUUCCGAUGGGGAAUCUAUCAUUCACUGCAAGUCCCCACGACGCAUGUCAGCUACACAUGUCCCCUAUAGCGACCAUCCCCAAUCUAUACAUGGCACGAAGGCGGACUUUACAUUCACACCCUCAACAAGCCCUUUUCUCGGCGGCUUGCGCACACUAAACAUCCACUCUAGCGGUCCUUCCCGCGCCCCAUCCCCAUUCCGACUUUCACCUCCGUCUCUUGAUAGCCCAAUAGACGAAUACACCAGGUCCAGGGUAUCUAGUAGCGUUGUUGGUAGCCCCCCUCGAGGCCUCGGUGGACAUGACCAGAUCCUCGGGUCGAGAAAACGAGGAAGUACGGGUGAUUUAGUGUCGUACGGGAAGCAAUAUGGACAUACGUAUUCCUCCAACGAACGGGCAUCGCAUUCACCGAGUGGCGUUGGGUAUAGUAUUCCGCCGUACGUCCAUGAACCGGGUCUGACCGCACUUCCCACCCCGCAACUUUCUAGCGGGCCGAGUAGUAGUGGGAGCAGUCCUGGAAGUCAUCAUCAUACACUUUCGACAUACACGGGUGGGAGUGGGAGUGGGAGUGCGGGGAGUCUGAGUGCUUCCAGUUCUAGGCCGGCUUCACCGCCUCUUUGGGGCCAAAAAUCGUCGAACAAUGCGCAUCAUGGACAGGGACAACGAGAACAUCCGCAUCAUCAUCACCUUGCGCAUUCUGUUCGAGUUGCGUUUGGUAUGACUCCGAUACACCCUCGACCUUCACGGAACCCGCCUGGGCAGUCUGAACGACCGUUAUCAGACGCGCCUACGAACGUCCAUUUUAACAUGAACGCAGAUCACCCCCAUUCUCAUUCACAUUCCCACUCUCAUUCUUAUUCUGGUAUGCCUCAUGGAGGGUGUCAUCAGUCGUCUCAACCUGAGCCUCAUGCAGACCACACACCGUCAUCGACAUCAUCUUCAGUCCCUGUUUCUCGGGCUUCGUCACCGCCGAUAAAGCUCCCUCCGCUUAAGUUGCCGUCUUCUCCUUCAUCGCCUAGUCAUCGACCACACGCGUUGUUGAGCGUUAGGGAUCUGCUUAAUCCAGAUUCGUCGAGUGCGGGUGGGGUGGAUACUAUGAGCAUUGAGGGAAUGCCCGAGAGUGGACCGUCGUCGAAGCUUACUGGGGAAGGUGAAGAGAGAGUUGCUUUACCUGGUUUUAGCGAAGUUGACGCGGCUACUGGGUAUCGUCGACGAUGAGGUUGGUUGACGUGCUGAUUUUUUGGCCUCGCGUUACGUGCUUCGUGUUGUUCAUAUGAGCUUGCACUUUUUUUUCCCGACACGCACGGUAUUCUGAUGUGUGCUGUUGUUGGAUCCACCACUCGAAUUAUUUACCCUUGCUUUCAUUUCAUCCCAUGUUUUCGUUCCUUUCCGGUGUUCAUAGUUCUGUUCAUUUCUUGUCACGACGAGUAUUCUUUAUUGCUUGAUCACAAUGUCGCAUACUUCUUCACGUUUGUUUUACUUUAGACUUGACCUUUUUCUCCACUCCUCGGACAUUAUCAUACACACAUAGAUUUUCCGUACGCUGUAACCUGACCACUCCUCUAUUUAUAAUACUCAGCGGCAACAUCUUUUUCAUUUCGUUCGACUCAUGAUUCCUCAUCUCCUUUUUUUUUCCCUACCACAGACUUUAUCCUAUCUAUUCGCAUUGGUAUCUUGUUUGUAUCGCUCACCCCUCAUAUUAUGUCCCUAGAUGACGUCGUAUACCCCACUCUUAGACUUGACAAUUAUGAACCACCGACCACUCUGCCUACU